AUGAAAUACCAGAUCCUCUAUUUAAGAAAGGAGCUUAGCUCAGACAUCUUUUUUCUUACACUACACUACUCUGAGACCACUUCUCCACCUACCGCUACAGAAGCCAAGUCAAAGGCCUUGAAGGCCAAGAAGGUGGAGUUGAAGGGUGUCCAGAGCCACAAAAAGAAGAAGAUCCAAACAUCCCCUACUUUUUGGCGACCCAAGACACUACUUCGAAGACAGCCCAAAUACCCUCAGAAAAGUGCCCCUCAGAGAAACAAGCUUGAUCACUAUGCCAUCAUUAAGUUACUCUUGACCACCAAGUCUGCUUUGAAGAAGACUGAGGACAACAACACCCUAGUCUGCAUUGUGGACAUCAAGGCCAGCAAGUAUCAGAUUAGGCAGACAGUAAAGAAGCUGUAUGAUAUUAACGUGACCAAGGACAACACAGUGAUCUGA